AUGGCUUUUCUACAUUCUCAUUCAAGCGAGUGUGUUAAGUCAGAAUUGGACUUAUUUACUAUACCACCAACACAAACGAGCAUCGAAUAUUCAGAAUGGACGCAUUACAAUUCAGUUUCUUCAAUAACAGACGACUCACCUAUUGAAUUUGUUAUACCGGGGCACGGUGAUGAAUACAUCGAUUUACCUCAUACAAUGUUAAAGGUACGAGCACAAAUUAUUGCUGCUGACAAUACUUACGCAGCGGACGAUAAAGUUGGUCCUAUAAAUAAUUUAUUACACUCAAUGUUUAAUCAGAUUGAUGUAUUUUUCAAUCAAAAAUUAAUUUCACCGCCUAAUAAUGCUUAUGCUUAUAGAGCAUACAUUGAAACAUUAUUAAAUUAUAGUAGUGAUGCUAAGAAUUCACAUUUAGGUUUAACAUUGUGGUCUAAUGAUACAAGUGGUGCCUUUGAUCAUCCUGUAGGUGGUAUAGGUGAAAAUGACAACAAAGUUACUAACGACGGACUAGAAGAACGUGCGGGAAUUACCAGAAACGGCGCGAAAUUUGAUUUACUCGGGCAUCUACAUUGUAAUAUUUUUAAUCAAGAUAAAUUUUUAUUAAACGGCGUAGAAAUGCGCUUACGUUUAGUACAUUCAAAAGAUUCAUUUCGUCUUAUGGACAAUACAAAUACACCGAUACUAUUCAAUUUCUAA